AUGUCAAUAACAAAUCCACAAGGUGAAGAAAAAUUUGUUGUUGCUGCUUUUCCAUCAGCAUGUGGUAAAACAAAUUUAGCUAUGUUAACACCAACACUUCCAGGUUAUACAGUACGUGUUAUUGGAGAUGAUAUUGCAUGGAUGAGAUUUAAUAAAGAAACAGGUGAAUUACGAGCAAUUAAUCCUGAAGCUGGAUUUUUUGGUGUUGCACCUGGUACAAAUAUGAAAACAAAUCCUAAUGCUAUGUUAACAUGUUUAAAAAAUUCUAUAUUUACAAAUGUUGGUGAAACAUCUGAUGGUGGAUUUUAUUGGGAAGGUCUUGAAGAUGAAACACCACCUGGAACUGAAAUUAUUUCAUGGACAGGUGAAAAAUAUAAAUUAGGAGAAGAUAAAACAAAAAAAUCAAGUCAUCCAAAUUCAAGAUUUUGUUGUCCAGCAAAACAAUGUCCAAUAAUACAUGAUAAAUGGGAAGAUUCAAAUGGUGUACCUAUAUCAGCAAUUAUUUUUGGUGGACGAAGACCAGAAGGUGUUCCAUUAGUUAUUGAAUCAUUUAAUUGGAAACAUGGAAUAUUUCUUGCUUCACAACUUAAAUCUGAAACAACAGCAGCAGCUGAAUUUACUGGUAAACAAAUUAUGCAUGAUCCAUUUGCUAUACGACCAUUUGUUGGUUAUAACUUUGGUCAUUAUAUUCAACAUUGGCUUGAUUUUGAAAAAGAUCCAAAAAAUAAAUUACCAAAAAUCUUUCAUGUUAAUUGGUUUCGUUUAGAUGAAAAUAAUAAAUUCCUUUGGCCAGGAUAUGGUGAUAAUAUUCGUGUACUUGAUUGGAUUAUUCGACGAACAAAUGGUGAAGAUAUUGCUGAUGUAUCACCAGUUGGAUUUCUACCAAAAAAAGAUUCAAUUAAUCUUCAAGGUCUUCUUGUUGAUUGGGAGAAAUUAAUGAGUAUACCAAAAGAUUAUUGGAUGAAUGAUAUUAAUGAAACAUAUAAAUGGCUUGAUGAUCAAUUAGGUGAUGAUUUACCACAAGAUAUUCGUAUACAAAUUCAACAACAAAAAGAACGUUUAACUCAAAUGAAAUAA